AUAGGCGCGGGGAUAAAACCGCCCCGCCAGCAAGCGCCCUUUAUACUGGCGUGCGGAGCGGCGGCAGCAGCGAGCGGCGGGGCUGAGCAUUACCGCGCGGCGACACCGAGACACCUGCCAACAUGUCCGACAAACCAGACAUGGCUGAGAUCGAGAAAUUUGACAAGUCCAAAUUGAAGAAGACAGAGACGCAAGAGAAAAAUCCGCUGCCUUCAAAAGAAACAAUUGAACAGGAGAAGCAAGCGGGUGAAUCGUAAUGAAAUCUGCCCUUCCAAAUUAUGCACUGUACAUUCCACAAGCAUUGCCUUCUUAUUUUACUUCUUUUAGCUGUUUAACUUUGUAAGAUGCAAAGAGGUUGGAUAAAGUUUAAAAUGACUGUACUGCCCCUUUCACAUCAAAAGAAUAGAGAGAACUACUGACACUGAAUGAAGGCGCUGCCUUUCCCUCUGCCUGUCUGGCUUUGGUCCUGGUGGCAUGAAAGAGCUUGCAUGUUGAUGAAAGAAGAACUUGGGUGGGACUACAGUAAACUAGAGUAACACACGAAUAAAUGCAAAGCUGUACCAAGGUCCUGCGAGCUGUAAAAUGCAGUUAAUCGAGUGCCAUUUUUUUUUUGUUCAAAUGAUUUUAAUUAUUGGAAUGCACAAUUUUUUUAAUAUGCAAAUAAAAUGUUUUAAAACAUGGAUGGUAUUUAUGUCCUCUAUUUGGAGAACUGUAUCAAUGGAUAAGAAGCAUAAGAGCCGGUACUGAGACACAGGAUACUAUAAAACCUUUGGAGAUGCCUCAAACAUCAGUCACCAUUCUCAUUUUUUUCAAUAUGUGUGCUCACCAAUACAUAAACUUGUGAUCCUCGAAGCUAGUUUUUAGACAGAUUUCAGUAAAAAAUUGCCUAUCUUGUAAUUUGUCACCAUGUGAGUAUAUUCCUUUAAGUAUUUCUUUUAUGUAGAGAUAAAGGCAAAAAAAUCAAGCUGCAUUUAUUGCUUUGCCCCACCCAUAGCAGAGCUGUUUUAUUAAGAACCAUUCUGUACUGUUGCAGAGAUUCAGCCUCAGUUGUAUAAAUCCCUAAUUAAUUUGUUUAAUAAUUAAAGCUUGUUAUUUUGAUACAGCAUUUAAA